UAUAGUAAUCGACAUCAAACCAUGUAUGAGUUGCAGCAGCCUGAUUCCAGAUUAUAGUCAGUGAUUUUCAUAGUGCUAUGGGUGUCCCAGAUUGAUACUGAAGGGAGCACGUCAUAUUCCCAGUCAAUAAUAAGUUUUAGAAGAUUUACAAUUCAAGCUAGAAGCGUAAAAGGUUUCACAGGUAUCCUACUCUGCAAGUUGGAUAUCCAGGAUGCUGGUGCAUGUACUCCCUAGAGUGGUAGAGUGGCAAGUCAAAAGUUGCUACAUUUGCACACUGUUUGCUGGCGAUAAAGGAAGUCAAAAGUCGCUACAGUACAUAGAGCUGUACUAUGGACCAUGGAGAAGGGAAGUAGGGAAGGGAAGUAGUGAAGAGAAAGAGGAGUGCACGUGGUCCUCGCUACUGGGGACGAAUUCAAGAGCACCUGUCCUGGCAGCUGCGUCUUGUCUCGCUGCAUCGUCUCGCUGCGUCUUGUCUCGCUGCGAAACAAUUGUGCAAAUAGGACGUUACCAUGUUGAUGCAACUUUGUUUGGAGACUCUUUUCGUCGGAGGCACAGAGUAGGGACAUUUGUUAUGAAUGUUUUUUGUGAAGCACUCAAUGCCGACUACAAAGCAAACCCAGAUUUGAAGCCAUCCAAAUGUUUCUUAACAAGUGAUGUUGUGGACAAACUUUGUACACAGACAUUUGAAGUUUCAGCAUAUAAUUCAUAUCUCUCCAGUCGGGUGAUUGGUUUUUCCAUUAACAAAUUCAACAUGGUCAUGAUCCCCGUGUGCAAAUUUGAACAUUGGUGGUUGAUAGUAGCUAACAUUAGGGACAAUCGAUUUGAUAUCCUUAACUCUUUGGAAAUGGAUGGUACCACCUCAAAGAUGACGAACGAGAUAUGUGACAACUUCAGAAAGCUAUACCGACACAAUUUUGGAAAGGUGUUUGACAAGUUGAGUCUCCCAAUUCAAGUACAACCAGCACCGCAACAGAAAACUAGCUUUGACUGUGGUAUCUAUGUGAUGAAGUUUAUGGAGCUUUGGGAUGGCAGGAAAUUGCAUUUGCAUGACUUAUCCAUGGAGGAUACCAACACAUAUCGUCAGAAGAUUGCAAAUUACAUUCUGAGACACCCAAAGAAUUUAAAAACAACUGCUGCUGUGAAGAAGUUUAUAAGUUCAGACACAUAAAUCUCCUCAGGUUUAAAAAUGCAAACUGCAAGGUGUUCAACUCAACGAUUUCAGAAGGAAAUGGAGAUUUCCUAGUUCCAGCAACUCAACCUCACUCUCUCUUAUCUAUAUAUAUAUACACACUCUCAGUCAGCUUGUAACAGAUUUUUCUUAGAAAAUGUUAGUGGGAAAAAUAUCAAAAUGGUGAUGUCUGGGUAGAACUCAAAAUAACAAUAAUAUGCGUUUUUUUUAAUCUAUGAUGUUCCAAAUACUUUUUGGCUCAUUCAAAAAUAAAUGUUCAAUAAAAACUAUGAUGUUCCAAAUACA